AUGUCAGUUAACCCCAAUGAAGAUACCGAAUUCAACGAUGCUCUUCGGAAGCAUGGUAUCAUACCGCCGCGGGAGCCUACACCCCCGUCGCCAUCGCCUCCACCGUCUCCAACGCUAGAGGAGAUGCUGGAGGAUUACACACCAUCCGAGCUCAAGGAACUAAGUGAAGAUGCUCCUGACGAUGAGAUGGAACGCCUGAUCGCUGCUCAUCGACGACAGCGUAUAGCUUUGGAAAGAAACGCUGAGAAGAAAGCCCGCUUCGGAAGAGUGUAUCCCAUCGGACGGGACGACUAUACUCGAGAAGUCACUGAUGCAAGCAAGAUCAACGAGGAGGAUGAUGACGAAGAAAAGGGCACAGGAGUGGUUUGUUUCUUGUAUAAGGACGGAAUCCCUCAGAGCGAGCGUACUUUUGAGCACAUCCGUGCAUUGGCUGCACGCUAUCCCAAGACAAAAUUUGUAUCUAUCGUUGGCGAUAAAUGCAUACCGAACCUUCCCGACUCUCGAAUACCUAUGUUGAUCAUAUACCGGAAAGGAGAGAUUCGCAAUCAAGUCAUCGCUUGGGGUUCGGACCGGGAAAGACGAUCUGAGGGU